AAAAAUAGUUUCUCUUCACUCUAUGGAAGGAUUUCGGAGAAAUAGAAGGAUAUGAAAUUGGCUCUAAAAUGGCAACAGAGGCAGAUCUGCCUGUAAUCCUCGGAAGGAGUAUAAGAAUCUCUACUUAUCAAGGGUUGUCACUGCAGACUAGGUACAACUCCACAGUACGUGUCAAUCCGAAUUACCCACAGGCACUGGCACUCAUCAACUGGGCAAAAGAAAACAAAACAAUGUUGUUAAGUUGUGCAUCAGCGAAAACUUCAACAAGCUCAUCUGUCACUCCCACCAUAGUCACUCCUGCUGGCCAACAAGUUAUCUCUAUUGCAGAAAUCUCAUCAGCACCUUCUAUGGGAGUGUUCUAUGUUGAGGCAGAAAUGGCCAUAUUAGAUGAAUUCCAAGACUUUUUGUGUGCUCGAAUGCUCAGGCUGCAAAACAAAAAAAACGCACAAAGGAUAGAAAGGAUUUUGAAUGUCCAAAAUGCAAGCGGAAAACAACAUUAGUGCCUCGCUGUAGCUUCCAAAUUGAUCUUAUUGACGGCACUGCUACAACCACAUCAUCUAUCUCUGCUGAAUUAGGAGAAAAAUUACUGUCCAUGCCAACAGAAGACAUAUUUGACAUAACUUGCACUAAGCGACAAUCAU